AUGUCGUCCGCUGCCGCUGCAAUCGCUGGGCCCUCCCAGUCCAAAGUUGAGACCAACUCGCGUGGAAUCCCACAUGCACCUUUCAUCUCCAAUGUGCAAGAAUAUCUUGGCGGUCCCGAUGAGGAGGUGGAGCCGACUCUGAAAAAGUUUCAGGAGACCAUGUCCAAGUACAAGUUCAUGGAGCUCAACACGGCGCAGCGCCGUCGUGGCCUCGAAGAAAAGAUCCCCGACAUCCGCAAGACGCUCCAGAUGGUCAACUUCCUCCAGCAGAAGAAGGACGACCCAGAGUCCAUGCAAACCACAUUUGAGCUCAACGAUACGCUCUACGCAAAAGCUCAACUCGACCCCGUCGACACCGUCCAUCUCUGGCUCGGCGCCAAUGUGAUGCUCGAGUAUCCGCUGGAGGAGGCCAUCUCGCUGCUGAGCGCCAAGCUAGCUGGUGCGGAAAAGUCGCUCGCGGCAUCCAAGGAGGACCUCGACUUUCUGCGCGAGCAGAUCACCAUCAUGGAGGUCAACACGGCACGCGUGCACAACUGGGACGUCAAGCGCCGCCGCGAGCGCAGAGAAGAGCUCGAACGCAACGGCAUCACCACAGACGCUUCCGCCUCCAAAGCGUCCCAGGCGUCCACAUGGCUCUCAAGCGAUCGCGAUGCGCCGUCCGCAGGUUCUGUCGCACGGCCAGCGACAGCGCUGGCGCCGGAGAGCGGCACUGAGAACGAUGGCAAGGCUGAGGGGAGCGAGAACACAAACUCGACAGCGCCAGAGGGAACGCAACCAGACGCGGCCAAGUCAGAGCACGGGGCGGAUGGGGGCGCUGUCGUCGAGCAGCCAUCAAUAGAAGACAAGAAGGCAGAAGAAGCGACGGCAUCCGAUGGUGAUGGCGCCAAGCCUCUGCCUGCAAGCAAUGCUGACACGGAGAGUGUUCGUCGAGCGGACGGCCCGAGCGGCGCAGUCCACGCCAGCACUGGGGUCGCUGGGGUCGGCUCUUCCGCCGUGGUUGAUCGAUCGUCACUGCCUUCGUCGCUGGGAGUACCUCUGAGCGAUGCGGCGUCGUCGACGGCGCUCGUCGUUCCGCCACUCAACUUUUCGAUGGUUUCGCGCGGCAUCUAUCGAUCUGGCCAUCCGAACGAGCGCAACUUUGAAUUCCUGCGCCGACUCAACCUCAAGAGCGUCAUGUAUCUGGGCACGGAAGACUACCGAUCCAACAUGACCUCGUGGACCGCCUCGCAGGGGAUUCAGACCUUCCACCUGCGCCUAGCCAUCAACAAGGAACCGACGGCCGAGAUGGACGAGGCGGACGUAGUGCGUGCGCUUCAACUCAUCCUCCAACCCGCCAAUUGGCCGAUGCUCAUCCACUGCAACAAGGGAAAGUACCGCGUCGGAUGCAUCGUAGGCCUCCUGCGCAGGCUGCAAGGCUGGAGCCACACGAGCAUCUUUGAAGAGUACACCAGAUUUGCAGGGACCAAAAUCAGCGAUCUCGAGUUCAUAGAGGUCUUUGACCUGGCUAAAGUCUCGCUGCAAUGA